GGGAGCCCGGGAGCAGGGGCGAGAGAGCGACAGCGGGGCCGCCGGAGGAGCCGUGGGGUCUCCCAGCCGACCCUCGACCCGACGCGGGCGGCCGGGACCCCGGGACCGCCGGGCCGGAGGCAUGGCCACCACGUUGGACUUGAAGUCCAAGGAAGAGAAGGACGCAGAGUUGGACAAACGAAUCGAGGCCCUUCGGAAGAAGAAUGCAGCCCUGAUCCGCCGUUACCAAGAGAUCGAGGAAGACCGGAAGAAGGCAGAAUCGGAGGGGGUGGCCGUGACGGGACCGCGCAAGGGGCGCCCUGCCGAGAAGGAGAAUGUUGCUGUGGAUAUGGUGACGGGGCCCCCAGUCAGGGUGUGGGGGCUGGGGGCUGGGAUCGUACUGCCUGCUGGCUUACCUGCUUCCCUUAUCUGUCACUUGCAGGAGAAGAGCAUGGGCUCAGGCCGCCGGCCACCUGCCCCUGCCCGGGCCCACGGGAGUGCUGGGAAGGGGGGCCGCAGUGCCCCACUGCGAGGAGGCCGGGCUAGUCUGGGCCGGGGGUCCAGGUUCUGGGAAGAAGAAAUGGUGAUCUACGUGGAGCCACCCCCAGCACGGAGCGGAGGAGGCCGGGGCCGUCGAGGCCGGGGCCGAGGAGGGCCAGCUUACUCUUCUGGGAGCAGUGCGGUGGCAGGGGAUGCCCCUGUCCCUGAUAGGAGAUCCAAGGAGUGGGAGGAGCGACGUCGCCAGAAUAUUGAGAAGAUGAAUGAAGAGAUGGAAAAGAUAGCCGAGUAUGAGAGAAAUCAGCGGGAUGGGCUGCCUGAGAAGAACCCUGUCCGGAAUUUCCUGGACGAUCCUCGUCGCAGUGGACCUCUGCAGGAAUCAGAGCGGGACCGUCGGGAGGGAAGCAGGCGCCAUGGGCGGAACUGGGGUGGUGCUGACUUUGAGCGUGUUCGCAGUGGCCUGGAGCAGGAGCGUUCUGGCCGUCGGGCAGGACCUGGUGGGGACAUGACACUGUCCAUGACGGGCCGGGAGCGGGCUGAAUACCUGCGAUGGAAGCAGGAGCGUGAGCGCAUUGACCAAGAGAGGCUACAGCGGCAUCGGAAACCCACGGGCCAGUGGCGCAGGGAGUGGGAUGCUGAGAAGACAGAGGGCAUGUUCAAGGAUGGCCCUAGCUCUGCCUCAGAGACACCCACGCAUCAUGAUGAGGGCAGUAGCCGACCCCCGAAACCCCCAACCUUUGGGGACUUCUUGUCCCAACACAAGACAGUGUCUGGCAGCCGUAGGAGAAGAAAGACAAGCCGUCCUCGGGUCAAGGGACCACCUCGGGGCUACAGCCACCAUGAUGACCGGUGGGAGCCCAAGGAAGAGGAAUUGCCUGCUGCCCCCCCAGAGAAACCCCCGGUCUCAGAGCCGCAGCCUCAGACCCCCAGUGCAGCCCCAGAGCCCCCAGCUCCAGACGAAACCCCAACUACUGCUGACGAGGAUGAGGACCAGUGGGAAGAUGUGAGUGGUGAAGAUGAGGCGGAGGAUGACGAGGAGGAGGAGGAGGAGGAGGAGAAAGAGGUUCAGCAGCAGGCAGGUGCUGGGGGCUCAGGGCAGGCCCCAGGGCCUAAGCAGGCCAGUCCUGCCCCGGAGGUCCGAGCCCCAGAGGUCUCCGCCCCGGCCAGCCCCUUCUCACCCUCUGGAGGCCACCAGCCAGUGUCUGACUGGGGAGAGGAGAUGGAGCAGAACUCCCCCCGAGCCGCCCUCCCUGAUCCCGGCUCCAGCCCUGGUUCCACCCCGCCAAAGGAGGGGAAGUGACUGGCCCGCGGGAUGCAUGACCUUGACCAGGAGAGCCCCCUCCAGUUCACACUGACCCAUCCCCCCUGCAGAGCUGGAGGCUAGAAGGUUGCUCGGAAGGCUGAUGAGGCCCUCCUGCAGGAUGGCAGUGGGUGGGAGGGACUGCUUCUCCAGAGCAUUCUGUCCUGUGCCCUCCCCACAGCCCCCAUGGUCAAGUUCUGGGUCGCUCAGCCCAGUGACUGGGGGAGGGGGGAGGGGAAGGGGGCUGGUGUCCUUAGGGAGGGGGGGGUGGUGGAUUCAUCCCUUCCUGGUGCGGGUCACUUUCCCUAAUGCUUGGAUCCCCUGCCCCCGUGGUAUGGAAGGGAAGGGCCUCAUCCCUUUCCUUCUUCCUGUGUCCCUCCCCCUCAAACCUUAAUAAAGGAGCCGAUUGUAAAUAAA